GCUAAAAAUUGAAUGACAUGUCUCCAUCUAGUGGCUGGUUUAGGGUCUGCACCGUUUAAAGGUCGCCUGCUCUAGAAACUUCUGCAUCAUCUCCUCUGCCCGGCUCAGACCCCCUGGGUCCACUUUACGAACUUAUUGAUUACCGAAUGUUGAGCCAGCCAUGUCGGGGCCGUAAGAUAGCAUUUUCAAUGUGUUUUUAAUCAAAGAUGGUUUCCAUGACUACGUCAAUUCUUAAAGCUACAGUCGCAAAAACAUUGUAGAACCUCCAUAUGUUUCGGGGAGUGUAAUGUAACGUCUUACUUGCACUUUUAUAACAUAUUUACUCGAUGUGUUAUAAAGGAACCUUUUAUGUAAUUGUUUUGAAGCCCAGUUUUCUAAAUGACUCCAGUCUGUGUAUUUGCCGCGCAUGCGCUGUUGGAAGCCGAUGCUGUGUGUAGAAAAAUCAUGGCGGAGGCGAUGCAGACCGAGAGUUUUCCUGUCUUACCUUCGGGACUGGCGGAGGUAGAUAAAAUGAUCCGGGAGCGAGGCGACCUGUUUUCUGACACCCAGUGUAAAGUCUGCAGCGCCGUCCUGAUUUCUCAGUCUCAGAAGUUGACUCAUUAUCAGAGUAAGAAACAUGCCAACAAGGUUCGGCGUUUCCUUUCCCUGGAAAAUGAGAACGGCGAUCCGGUCAAGAAGCCCAAAACCUCCAACAACGACUGCAACAACGGCGACACGGACCGGCUGAAGGCGUGCCACCUCUGCAACAUGACCUUCACAUCUCCAGUUAUGGCUGAGUCUCACUAUCAGGGCAAAUUUCAUGCCAAGAGGCUGAAAAUGAAAGCUGUUGAAUCCCAGACUCCAGAAGCCUCUCAGACUUCACAGCCGGUGGAGAAACCUGCCGACAUUUCAGCCGGCGGUUCUGAAACCGACAACAACAACAACCCAGAUCGCUUCUGCUCCACUUGCAAGGCGUCGUUCAACAACCCACUCAUGGCCCAGCAGCACUACGCCGGCAAGAAGCAUAAAAAACACAUGACCAGGUUAAAGCUGAUGGAGACAUACGGCCCCUCCACCGCACCAGCGUCGACACUAAACGGUUACCCCUGCACCGUCUGCAGCAUCGUGCUCAACUCCGUGGAACAGUACCAGUCUCACAUCAGCGGCGCCAGGCAUAAGAACCAAAUGAAGAAAGCUGUUCAGAAGUCUGGAGACGACCAGCCUUCAGCUGCGGAGUCGAACCAGCUCACUGGAGGAGAAAACCAGUACCCCGGGGGCGAUGGCCGGCGCGCGCCCGCAGACGACCAGUACCCCCCAGGAGACGACCAUUACGUUGCCCCUGACGACCAGUACGGCUCUGGGAGCAACCAGUACGAGGGCGGAGACGGCCAGUUCGGGAACCACCAGUACACCCCGGAGUUCUCUGCGUUUUCGGACCAGUUCCAGUACACUUGAGGCCGAACUGGGAUCGAACUCUCCAAACAGCCCCCCCUUUAACAAACCAUCACUCCCAGCCCCCCCAUUAAACUUUAGCUCCUGUAACCAGUCUGGACUGUGACCCCCAUGUGCCCUCUAUCAUUUUCUGUUUGUUUUCUGUGAUUCUGCCGGCCCAGCAGAGUCGCGGCUCCAACACGCUGCAGUUCUUCUUCCUGUUUUCUCUCAAAGUUUGGACAGUACGAUGAUUUCAGCUGCAGCGACGGAAACAGAAAGGAGCGCCGCGUUUUAAACGCCUGUUCAGAUGUUCUUGAGGCGGGGUUUUGUUGUUUGCUCAUCAGCAGUCAGUAUCUUCACUUUGAGGCUAAUUUGUUGGGAACCAUGAGACCCAGUCUCAGUAUUUUUAACAUGUUUGCUAAUUUUAUGGUUUUUGACAAGAAAAUCCAGUUCAGUUCAAACAUCCUGUAUCAAUCCCAGAGGGACAUUAAACGUGUUGACUCGUAUCACUCAGUGGCUGUAGAUGUUGAUAGCUGUGCCUGUAGCAGUCUGUUGAACAGCGGCUCUGUAUAGGCCUCUGACUGAAGACCCUGUCUCAGACAGAGGAGGCUCCAGGAUUUUUCUUUUUUUUAUUAUUAUUAUUUUAUGUAAAACAUGAAGUGGUUUCCAUAUUUCCUGAAAUAUCUGAUCUCCGAGUGAACCACCGCUGUUCUGGCAGCAGCUGAGGUUAGUCGAUAUUUUGCUAAUGUCAAAAAAAUUAUUUUACAAUUGUUUCCACUGAGAGACAUAAUUAAAAUCACCCAAAUAAGUUUGUUCACAUAAGUCAUUAAAAUAUAUGCAGCACUGUCUUCCCCAGCCACUUCCUGUUUUCCUCUUCAAGGUUUCCAGCAGUAGUAACAUCCUGCUGUUGGUCAUGAGGCAAAAAAAAUGUUUCGAUUGCAGUUUUGUGAAGUAAACCAAUUUAAAUAUGGCCCAAAAAUCCACCUCAUUCCAGCAACAAAAGUUGAGAUUUUUAAAAAUUUUUAUUAAGCUAUGCAACAACAUGAACAAUGCAAACAAUCCAGCAUCUGCAUUUUUAUUAAACAGGAGCAAAACUAUGUUGAUAUUCUGCCAAUGUUGAAAAAACAUUUUUACUUUAGCUGUUUCCUUUACAUAAGAAAAAUUGAAAUGAAAAGUUUUCAUCUGAGAAGUUUCUAAAAACGUGCAGUACCAUCAUCCUGAACCACUUCCUGUUUUCUUCUUUGUGGUUUCCAGCAGUAGUAACAUCGGGCUUUUGAUCAUGUGAUUCAAUGCAGAAAAUGUUUCCUUUGCACUAAUUUUGAUACGGCCAAAAAAAUUAUUGUGGUUCUCCACAAUGCUUCUUGUCAAAACAUUGUUUUUUUUCUAAAUUGGCUUUUUGUUUUUUUUUGUGAAAUUAUUUUCUAAACAAAACGAUCCGUGCUGCUCAGAUGCUGAUUGGUGGCAGUUUUCCACCUCCAUAGACCCAUUAACUCCAGACCAAACGGUGAGGGAACAGUUCCCUGUGGAGCGCCUGGAGGCCCUUCAGCUGCUCAGGGAGGCACAGACCCGGGCCGAGGCUACCGGAGUCUGGAGGUUCUGCUGAAGCGGUUCGGGCUCAACUGGGUUAAAUGUUCUGGUUGUUGGUUCUGAUAUCUGCCUGUCUGCUUAUUCAGGUUGGCCAGCAGGGGAGUCUCUCCCUCAGGAGUCCAAAUUGGUGAGCAGAAUAAGUAGAAAUUCAGGAUCCAACUGGAUUUCUUUGCUUCGGAGUUUCUGAAGUCGACUAAAAACAUUUGUAGAAACUAGAUGGAGUUUCCAUGUGUGGAAAAAACAUUUUUGAGAUCUUAAAUUUAUGAAAGUGAGUUCUGUGUGGCAUCAUAAACGAUUGAUUGGUUGGUUGGUUGGUUGGUUGACUGAUUGAUUGAUUGAUUGAUUGAUUAGUGUUGACCCAUUUCUUUCUUUGUUUCAUUUUAAACAGUCCAUGAACUUUAACAUGUUAGUAAAGUUCUGACAUGAAGAGUUUUGUCAUAAAUCAGGCAUUUUCUGGUUGGACGGAUUAAAUCCACCUUAAAAUGAAGCUUCUGUCUGAACCUGCAGCUGCUGACUGCUGAUGCUCUCUCAACAUAACCUCGCUUCGAUCCGAGCUGCAGCUUUCAGAACCUCAGACCCGGAAAAAGCUUUUCAGAUGUGAAAGGCCCAAACCUUCCUGGUACCAGAACCCAAACUGGACUGCAAUGAAACGGAUCAGAGGCGACACCAGCAGGCGGCGGCCAUUAAAAACCACACAACAGGAAGUGACCGACACUCUUAAUAUAGGAAAAGCUCUAAGUUAGUUUUUCUGUUGUAGUGGUCGGUGAGCUGGAGUCCAUUUGGGUGGGACCAGAACCGGACUUUAGUUUGGCGAGUUUGAGACCGGAGAAGAUCCAUGGAAAACGUCCCACCGUGAAAACGGUUUAUUGCAGCGUCAGUGGUGAAACAUUAUGCAGAGUUCACGUUUUAAUAUUUUUAUGCUUCUAAAAAGCAGAACAGCUGAGUGACUUCUGGCCAUACGGUGGCGGGUUUUAUGUCUGAAACUGCUGAUGAGUCACGUUCAGAGCUGUCACCCCAGCAGAGUUCUGCCUAUUGCAGAGCAACCCAGCUGAUCAGCUGGUUUUCCUGCUGUACAAUGGCUGCUGGAAAAGUCAAGAGAUUAGUUGUUAACUUGUUGCUUUCUGGCUGGUGGGCAGGAGGCUUCACUAUUGCUUUUCAAAGAUGUAUGGUUGUAUAGUUUUGUCUCUGCAGCCAUUUUCAUUUUGAGUUGGGGGCGUGGCCAGCAGCAGCUGGGUUGGAUUUAAAGCGACAGAGAGCCUAAACAGCUCAGACUGAAAUCUGAUUUUCUGAGAAUGAUUUCAUGUAAAAAAUGUGAUGAACAGGUUUUGUUUAGGCCAUGGAGGGAUCCUAACCUGUCCUCACUGCUAGCUAAUAUCUACGCAGCUUUAAAGCUACAUGUCAGUAACAGCGACCAACAGAGAAACUUUCCCUCUGAAUGUAUUGAAGGAGAUUCUCCAAACCGGCUCUCUGCUGAAUUUCUCGUAGCUGUUUACAUCAUUUUACUGUUUUUUUUUAAAAUGUUGACCAUUUUUUAAAAUAGUUUUGAUUAUUUAACUACAGGCUCUGUUACCUUCUGGCUUCUACCUGCUGUUUCUGUAAGACGUCCUGAGUUGCAUUUCCCCUGAAAUCUCUUUAAGCAACAAUAAAAGCUGAGCUGAUCUUGAGUGAGAUUGUUUUCAGCCAGAGGUUUCCUGUUUGUCUCAAAAGCUCGUGGCAUGAAAACGAUUAUUUUCUUCAUCUGAGUUGUGAAGGAUUUCUCAGUUUGUCCUGAAAAGCUCCUGAUCGCCACCAAGCAGACUGAUGUCAGAGCAAAUGAUGUCAAAACGGGAAAUAUUUUAGUACUGAAUGUUUUUGUCUAAAGCUUUUUUUAUCGGUGCUGUACAGAUCAACGGCCUUUCUGUUCCCAUCCUGUGUUUGUGAUUUUAGGAGUUACUUUCAGUUUGUUUAUGUAUUAAAAACUUCUGCAAAGCUCGUGCAUUUCAGAGUUUUACACAAAGUCUUUUCUUGUAAUGUGGAUAAAAAUAAGUGAAUGUGAAAAAUACAAACUGACUCAUGAAUGAAAGCAGGUUCAGUCAAAGGCCACACUAACAAAUCAACUAUUAUUUCAUUUAUUUUGAAAAAAUUCAUUACAUUUUUUCAUCAUUAACUGCAGCAGUUGUUAGAUCAGCUGAGAUUUUAUAAUUUAUGUUGAAUAUUGAUAGUUGAAUAAACUAGAGAGGAACUUUU